GGCAGUUGUCCACAACGCACCUCGUGUUUCAAAAACACAGCUUCGUCAAUGAACAAAGUCGCGCGGUAGUACAUUUGUGGAUGUAAUUGUAUCCGGAUAUGGUCCGCUUCAAGAAUCGUUGGCUACUAGUAGAGUUCUUGCCAUGUUCUCCUGGAACGAAUGCCACAACUUAUCAGCCGACUGCCGGUAACGAAAUGAACAGCAGACAGAUCUGGUCUGCGCUAAAACAGAGCGUCAUCAACAAUUUUGGUGACAUCGGAUGGGGUGCUGUUAGCACCUCCUUAACGAUCAAGUACUACUCUCCGACGACAAAUGUAUGUAUCAUACGCGUCGCCCGGGACCAACACCAGAUCGCAUGGGGUGGCGUGACCUUCCUAUCCUCAAUCGAGGGUCGAAAGUACAUUCCAAACGUCAUUCACGUCUCAGGGACGAUUAAACAAGCUCAACUAGCAGCAAUCAAACAUAACCGGGAAGUUGUCGCACGCUACCGAAGCAAAGCUGGAACCCCUGCUACUUAUCAGGACUCUUAUGAGACGUUCUUGCAAACUAGCACUCAAGAAAUUGAGGCUUUACAGGACUAAUCCACCAGACGUACAUUCCUUGUCACGGAUCGAUGAAUUGGAUACAGCAUGAACGUUGAUGUCUACGGUGCGACGCCCAGACCACAUUCGAGCUGACCGAUCGGUCCCUUGCAAGAUCAUUCGGUGCUUGCAACUCGUCUAAGGAUAUGAACAAGGUGCACAUAAAGUCCGAACAAAUAUCCCUUAGCAGGUUGCCAUGAAAUGACUUGACGCAGCCUCACACGCAUAAUUCGUGAACCCCUACUGUUUCAUUUUCUCGUAUUGUAUGUACAACAUACAACCAUCAACCUCCUAUACAUGUGGUAUUGAAUUUGCAAUGC